UUCUGAUCCGGUUUAGCGGGGUUGUGGACACUACAACAUCAUUUUAUCAGAGUUUUGGGGCCCAUUAACUGUUUAUUUCUGCUCAGGGGGGACAGGCGGACAUGGCGGCCGUCCUGCUGCAGGUUCUGGAGCGGACAGAGUUGAAUAAACUCCCGAAAGGAGCCCAGAACAAGCUGGAGAAGUUUGUCACGGAGCUGCAGAAUGCUAACGAGGCGCUGCAGACCCAGCAUGAGCGGCUCAAAGCCGACAGCGAACAGCAGUACUUUGACAUUGAGAAGAGGCUGGCUGAGAGUCAGGAGCAGAUCCUCUCCGCCACCAGAGACCUGCACUCGCUCAAGGAGGAAAAUAAAAAACUCAAUGAAGAGCUGAGCGCUCUAAAGGGAAUCGAGGGAGAAACUCCUGAAGAUAAACCACCACAACAGCAAACCAAAGCCAAGUAUGAGAUCGAGGCGGAGAAUAAAGAGCUGGCGAGGCUGCUGGAGAAGAGGACGCAGGAGGCGGAGAACCUCAGUGAGGAUGUGAAGCGUCUGAAUGAGAAGCUGACGGAGACCAGCAAAGUAAAGAUGGAGCUGCAGCUGAAGCUGGAUGAGAUCCAGUCCUCCGAGGCUUCUGUGCAGCACCGAGAGAAGCGAAUGGAGCAGGAGAAGGAGCUGCACGAGAAGAAGAUCGAGUGGUUGACUGCAGAACUGAAGACCAAAACUGAAGAACUGCUGAACUCCAACAGAGAGAAAGGCAAAGAGCUGCUGGAUCUACAGGGAGGGCUGAAGAACAGCAAGGAGCAGGUGAGCAGGCUGGAGAGACAGCUCACCUCUCUGAAGCAGACCACAGAGAGCCAGGGCAAGAGAGCCGAAGACCUCAACAACAAACUCAAACAGUGUAAAGACGAGCGAACCGCCAUGGAGGAGAAAUACCGCAACGAGCUGAAUGCUCAUGUCAAGUUAUCUUCCCUCUACAAGGGACAAGCAACAGACAUGGAGACGAAGAACCAGGAGCUGAGCAGAGCCGUGGAAGAACUCAGCAAGCUGGUGAAAAACAGCGGUGAAGCCACUAAGACUCUGGAGAAGAAGGUGUCGGAGGGCGAAGAACUGAAGACGCGGCUGGAGGCGGAGCUGAGAGAGAAGAUCAAGAAAAUGGAGAAGGAGCUGGAGAACGCCACGAUGAAAGCGACCGGCAAAAUAUGCUGUGUGCCGUCGCUGACCGAGGGCCAGCUGGACGCCAUGUGUCCGUCAGCCGCCGCCAUCGCUGCUAUUGUCAAGCCUGGCAUGAAGUUCUUUGAUCUCUAUAAUGCGUAUGCAGAGUGUCAGACACACCUCCAGCUGGAGAAGCAGGAGACCAGGAGAGUGAGCCGAGUCCUGGAUGAGAUCGUGCAGGAGGUGGAGUCCAAAGCUCCGGUCCUGAAGCGUCAGCGGGAGGAGUACGAGAGCAUGCAGAGGUCCAUGGCCUCGCUCUGCAACAAGCUGGAGCAGGCUCGGACGGAGAUCUACAGUUUGCAGAAAGAGAAAGAGGAGGCCAAGCAACGCUGUGAUGCCAUGGAGAGAGACAAACUGAGGACAGAGAGACAGCUGGAGGACACAUCUGCACAGGUGUGCACCCUGCUGGUGGAGCUGGAGGAGGCCAGAGGUAACCAGGUGACGAAGGACGACGGCAGCUCCACCAACAUCUCCAGCACCUCUGAGCUCAUCAGCCAAUCACGCCAGGUGUCAUUCCGCAACGUGGAGCAGCUGCAGAGGCAGAACCAGAGCAUGCAGGGGAGGCUGAGGGAGCUGGAGGAGGAGAAGGACCGACAGCAGAGCCAGGCCACGUCAGCACGGGUGUCAGAGUUGGAGGCCAGUGUUGAGAAGUUCCAGAAGGAGCUGGAGCAGCUGAAGGAGCAGAGGAACCAGCAGAAGCAGCUGGCGGACUCCAACGCCAGACAGAGAGACAUGUACAAGGCCCUGCUGACGCAGAGCACCGGCUUCAGCCUGCCGCCUCAAGGUUCUGAUUCUUCCUCCCAGCCUGCACCAGUCCGGCCAUCAGUCCCAGCGACUCGCUCCACUCCUCAGAGAGCUGCUGCUGCAGAGUCGGCUCAGACCGCUCAGGCUAAAGCUGCUCUCAAACAGCUGAAUGAUGCCUUCGCUCUGUAUAAGAAGGAGAAGGCGGAGAACGACCGGAUGCUGAAUGAAACUAACGACCGGCUGCAGAGGCAGCUGACAGAUCUGCGCUCCAGCCACGCCAAGCUCACCUCGCAGCUGGAGUUCAGCAACAAGAGGUACGAGAUGCUGCAGGACACGGUGUCGGCCUACCGCAGAGAGAGCUCCGCCCUGCAGGACAGGAACCAGAAGAUGUCUGCAACCGCUCAAAGACACGAACACAUCAUCCACACCAUGAGCCAGGACCUGAGACAGGCCAACGAGAAGCUGGCCCUGGAAGAGGUGCGUGUGGAGAAUCUGACCAAAGAGAAAGACAUGUUGAGACAAGCAGAGAGUCGACUCAGUCGAGAGAAAGAAGCCAUGCUGGCUGAGCAACGCAACCAGAACCUGCUGCUCACCAACCUCAAGACCAUACAGUUGACGAUGGAGCGUACAGAAACAGAGACUCGCCAGCGUCUCAACAACAAGAUCGAGCAUCUGGAGGCAGAAGUGACUUCAAUGAAGACCAGGUUGGACCAGGAAGUCGCACAGAGACACGCCCUGGGGCGCACCAUGGACGCUCAGCUGUUAGAAGCUAAGAAGCAGCUGGAGACCCAGAACACGCUGCAGCAGAAGACCAGGGAGCUGCUGCGCGGCUCUGAGCAGCAGGUGGCGGCGCUGAAAGCUCAGCUGGCUUCUGCUGCAUCCUCUGAGGCUGCUGCUGCCACCUCCAGCAGCAACAACUCCACCAGCACCACCACAGCUACCAGAGCUGGAGCCCUCAGAGCUCCAGUGAGAGUUCGAUCUCCAGUGCCUCCAGCCUCCCAGCAGCCCAGCCAGUCAGAGCAGGAGCUAGCAGAGGUCAAGGGUCGCCUGCGUGUUGCUGAGGAACAACACAGCGAGCUAGCAGAGCAGCUAAAGAAUGCUAACGCUACUGUAGAGCAGUACAGGGCCGUGGUCCUGACUCUAGAAGACAGCCUGAAGAAAGAGAAGGAGUCCCGCUCCCCUCUGGAGCUCCGGCUGAAGGAGUCCGAGGAGGUGCAGAAGCAGCUGGAGAAGAGACUUGUGGAGGCGGAGAAGAUGAAGCAGCAGGAGAGAGAAGAGCGCAAGAAGGCUUUGGAUGCAGUGGAGAAACAAAUGAGUGAGGUGCAGCGCAACCUGAAGUCCAGCCAGACGGAGCAGCAGGAGGCGCUGGAGAGAGCUACUGCUGCUGUUACACUGGAGCAGAAGGCCAUACAGGAGAGCCUGCUGCAGUCGAGGCUGGCUGGAGAGGCGAAGGCUAAGUAUGAGCGGGAGCUGAUGCUUCAUGCUGCUGAUGUGGAGGCUCUGCAGGAGCUGAAGAAAAGAUCGCAGCAAGACGCAGAAAAGAAGAGGGAGCUGGAGGAGCAGCUGAACAAGACGUCGUCCCUCCUGCAGGAGAAAACUGCAGCUUUGAACACAGUGGAGAGACAGCUGAAGGAGGAUCUGGCCAAUAAGAAUCGUCGCUGUGCAGAGCUGGGGAAGCAAAAUGCGCUUUUGCACAAACAGAUGGAUGAAAUGGCCGCAAAGGGUCGCGAGCUGCAGAAACAACCGCAGCAGAAUCUGGACCUGUCGUUCAGUGAGGAAGGGAAGACAACAGAACAGAUACUGGAAAUACUCAGGUUUGUGCGGCGUGAAAAAGAGAUAGCUGUGGCUCAGAGUGAGGCGUCUGAGGGAGAAGCUCUUCGCCACAAACAGCGAGUGGAACACCAGGACAGAGAGCUGAAGGAGCUGCAGGACUCCCUCAACUCAGAGAGGGAGAAGAUGCAGGCGACGGCGAAGACUCUGGCCCAGCAGGAGGAGCAGCUGAAGAAGAUGGAGACCGUCGGUGCUCUCCAAGAAAACAACAAGAUGCUGAAAAUGGAGAGAAAUAAACUGGAACAAGAGCUGCAGCAAGCUCAGGCUAAAGUGACAAAGCUGCAGUCAGACAUCAGCCCGCUGCAUCACUCUCUGUCUGUGCUGUCGGAGAAGAACGGCUCCCUGCAGGCUGAUAAAAGGAUCCUGGAGGAAGACCUCAAACGCUGGAGGGCCAAAGCUCAGCAACUGAUCAGCCAGCAGAAAGACGGAGACGUGGAGGAGAGACAGAAACUCACAGCAGAGAGAGAAACUCAGCAGAGACGCAUCAACCAGCUGGCUGAAGAGACGGCCAAGCUGAAGGCUGAGCUGGCCAGAUCCGUGGCCGGCAGUAACUCGGCUCAGUCUCAGCUGCAAGGCCUCAGAGACUCCGUCGCCCGGCUGACCUCCGAGAGAGACUCAAAGCUGAAAGAACUGGAAACAAAAAACAACGACAUCCUAGAGAAGAACAGGACCAUCACCCAGGUGAAGAAGAUCGGACGACGCUACAAGACCCAGUACGAUGAGCUCAAAGUCAAACAUGACAAGCUGGUUGAAGAAAAUGCUGCUAAAGCCGGCAGCGAGGCAGCUCCCAGCCAGGAGGUGCAGCAGGAGCUGAGCAAAGCCCAGGAGGAGCUCAACAAGGCCAGAGAGGAGCUGAACACACUGAAGGAGGAGGGGCAGAAGAAAGUGGAGGAGACCCAGAAGUUCCAGGGGGAGCUGGAGGAGGCCAAGAAGGAGAACCAGCAGACCAAGGAGAAGUUCCAGGAGAUCCAGAACCAGCUGACACAAAAACAGAACCAGCUCACACAGGUGCAGUCCCAGUUGUCCCAGUCCCAGACGCAGCUGCAGCAGAACCAGAACCAGCUGACCCAGAGUCAGAAAGAGCUGCAGCAGGCCAAGACUCACAGCCAGCAGAUACAAAACCAGUUGAAAUCAGCUCAGUCUCAAGCUCAGGCCCGUCAGAACCAGAUGCAGCAGACCCAGAGGGACCUCCAGCAGGCUAAAGAAGCCCUGCAGCAGAACCUGGCCAGUCAGAAAGAGCUGCAGCAGAACCAGCAGAGCAGCCAGCAGAACCACAGCCAGGAGGUCGGGAACCUCAAGACGGCUCUGAGCCAAGCAGAGGCCAAGGUGUCGGAGCUCCAGAGCUCCUUGGACGGCCUGCAGAAGACGGUUGGUGAGCGUGAAGCAGACAUCAAGCGUCUGCAGGAGCAGCUAACUGAAGCUAACCAGGCUAAUGAAGCUAGCCGAGCCGCACAGGCCAACCAGAACCAGAACCAGAACCAGAACCAGAGCUCCCAGUCCAUCCAGGCCACUGAUGCUAAUGUUUCCAGUGAUGCUAACCAGGCAUUACAAGAGGAAGUGACAAAACUCAGACAAGAGCUUUCUGAGAGCAAAACCAGAGAGGAGCAGCUCCGACAGCAGAUCGCUGAAAAAGAGGAGAAGACUAAGAAGGUCUUCAUGGGAGCCAAGACGAAAAUAAACCAACUGAACAGUGCUAAGGAGCAGCUCAGUAAGGAGAUCGAGGAGGUGAAGCAGAGCCGAGAGGAGCUGGAGGUGAGGAUGAACGCUCUCAAGUCUCAGUAUGAAGGACGACUGCUUCGUUUGGACCGAGAGCUGAGAGAGCUGAAGGAGACCCAGGCCCAGUCUGAGCCCAGAGAGGACCCUCAGGACCAGGGUGGAGCUAAGGUGGGGGAUCUGGUCAGAUCUGCAGACCAGAGACAGAUCUCUCUGAAGAGUCCGGCCCAAGACCGGGGAAGCUCCAGCCUGUCUGAUCCUCCCACGGCCAACAUCCGCCCCACCACCAGUACUCCGUCGCCUAGCAACAAGCCCAGCCCCUCCCCAGGGAGCAAGGCCACGCCCCGCGCCAGCAUCCGGCCAAUGGUUACCCCGGCAACGGUCCCCAUCCCGACACCGACCGCCACCGUCAUGCCGACCACGCAGACUGACAGCCAAGAGGUGGUGAUGAGUUCAGGAGCUUCUGUUCACUCCACCACCUCCAGUCUGGUCAGCGCUCCGUCAUCACUCUCUCAGCCAACCAGCUCUCAGGCCACGGCCUUCGUCCAGCCCACCCAGCAGCAGGCCGCCGUCCCAGACGCCGGUCCCAGCAUGGAGGCAGAGCGGCCCUCCACAUCCUCCUCUCUCAGCGGAGCAGCAGGUUCAAAGCGAGGCAGAGAGGAAGAGGAUGAGGAAGAUGAAAGCCGACCAGAGAGUUCACACGCACCUUCGACCACUAAAAAACUCAGACUGAAACCAACGAUAGCACUGCAGAUGGAAGCUGAUGAGGAGCUGGACGGAGAGCUGAGGGACGAGGCAGAGCGACAGGAUUCUCCUGAUGACAGUCAGGAGCUCCCAGAGGAUUGUUUCCCUGUUCUAGCCGGAGACGACGAGGACAUCGAGGACGAAGGCGUGUCCCAGUCCGUCCCCUCUGACAUCAUGGCCUGUCAGGUGAUCGUCCGUGAUGUCAUCGUGAUCGACACGGACAGCGAGAGCCGCGAGAGCAAAGAGGGCGAGGAGAAGCAGGAGGAAGAGGGUGACGAGGAGGAUGAUGAGGAUGAGGAAGAGGAGGAGGAGGAAGAGGAGGAAGAAGAAGAGGGGUACAAGGAGGAAGAGGAGGAGGACGAUGAGGAUGAUGCUGGUGACAGCGGGAUGAGAGGAGGAGAGGAGAGUAACGAGGAGAGCAGGGAGGCAGAGGAGGAGGAGGGAGGAGAGCCGGAGCCGUCUGAAGCCACCAACGCUGAGGAGAACGUCUCUGGAGCUUCUUCAGACUCUCAGCGUCCCUCUGAGCCGUCACACAGCAAUGAGGGCAGCAGCGGCGCCGUGUCGGAGGCCGACGCCCCCAGAGACGCUCUUCACUUCCCCCCCGCCCCCUCCUCCUCCUCCUCCCUCACCCCCCGCCUGCCCCACCCACGCAGACCCCCACACCCCCUCCCCCCACGGCUCUACAUCCAGCCUCCGGCCCCGGAGCUGGGACCCCCACACAUACAGAGACAGUCCUCUCAGCUGCGCCGACCAUCGGUUGGACGAGGACCCCAGCUGACCCCUGGGAUCGGCAGCAUGCAACAUUUCUUUGAUGACGAUGACAGAAUGGUUCCCAGUACUCCCACACUGGUCGUCCCUCACCGCACUGAUGGCUUCGCUGAGGCUAUACAUUCUCCUCAGGUAGCAGGUCUCUCCACCAGAUUCAGGUUUGGACCUCCAGAAGACCUGCUGCCUCAGGCCUCAGCCUCACACUCUGACCUGGGACAGCUGGCCUCGCAAGGAGGUCUGGGGAUGUACGAGUCUCCUCUGUUCCUGGCUGCUCACGAUGAAGACGGAGGAGGACGCAGUGUUCCCACCACACCUUUACAAGUAGCUGCACCAGUGACGGUCUUCACAGAGUCUCUGCCCUCAGAUGGCGGCGACAACAUGGCCUCCCAGUCGGUUCCCAUGGUAACCGCCUCCACCGGGAUGGCGUCUGCUGCAGACGAUGGAGACGAAGUCUUCAUGGAGCAGGAAGGAGACGGUCCUGGUGUUGAGUCGUCUCUGGACAGCCAGACAGACAUGGAGUCUUCAGGACAGCAGAGUGAUGAUGCAUCGCUGCCUUCCACCAGCCAAGACCCUGACAGCAGCAGCGGGUCCCAGCGGCGCACCGUGCCCAGUCUGAUGAGCAGCCUGUCGGGUCGAGGAGCCAGAGGAGGGAGGGUGGAGGCCAGGACGCUGCUCAGCCGCAGAGGUACGUUCUCUCGAGGAGGAAGGGGCGGAGCCAUGGGCAGAGGGGGCUUCCUCUGAUGAUGUAAUGAUGAUGUCACCAGAAGACACUCGGUUACACAAUGAGAAAACAUUUAAAGAAAGACUGGUUAUUUUUUAUGUCCAAUCAAAAUCAAUACUGUCACUAUUACACCACAGUUCUGACGGCUUCUAUGUGACUCUUUCUCUGAAAUCAGUUCAUUUUUAGUUUUGUGUUGUAAUUUCAAUGAGACCAUUGUAAGUUUCUUUAUUAGUAUUUUCAUUUUGCUUUCUCUGUCUUUUAGGCUGUUAAUAAACUUGUUUUAAUAAUAAAGUUUAACAAUGAGUAGCA